AUGGCGACUAGUAGUAGUACAAAUGCUUCUGCAUCUACUGAUGGUGGUGAAAGUGAAGGAUUUCCUGUUGCCAACAAUCCUACUCUUGCAAAACAAGUCUUGGCUUCUGCUCUUGUGAUUCCUCCAGACGAUGAUGACAAGAAGCCCCUAUGGAGGUAUGUUCGGAUCAUUGAGAGGUGUGGAAAGGGUCAGGGUGGCAACACAAAGGUGCAGUGUAGACUUUGUGAUAAGGGUUUCCAAGGAAGUUACUCUAGAGUUAAAGCACAUCUAUUAAAGAUUUCUGGUUUUGGGGUUUCAUUUUGUCGAGUGGUGACUGUUCAUGUUCUUGAACAACUGCAAGCUGAAAUUUCUGCUGCCAAUGCUGCUGCUGGGAGGGCCAUGCCUAGAGAUAUUCCACUUCCAACUGAGUGUAAUGAGAAGAUGAGGAAGAGGAAGGGUGUUUCGGCUAUUGAGUCUAGCUUCAAUCUAGAAGUCCAUAGCCAACUUGAUGAACUGAUAGCUAGGACGUUCUACACAGCAGGCCUGCCUUUUAAUCUUGCACAGAAGACAAAUGUUGAGAGAUUGAUGCAGCCCAUCAAGGCAACAUGGAAUUCUAAAGGUCUGAGUAUUGUAUCAGAUGGAUGGUCUAAUGCUCAAAGGCGCCCACUCCUGAAUUUCUUGGCUGUGACAGAAGAUGGUCCAAUGUUUCUUAAAGCAAUCAACACUGAAGGAAUAUCCAAGACCAAGGAAUACAUUUCAGAGAAUAUGCUAGCUGUAAUUGAUGAGGUUGGGGCACAAAAUGUUGUGCAAAACAUAUGUGCUCCUAGGGACAUUGAUGAUGAGCUUUAUGAUGAAUUCCAGUGGAUCAAUGAGAUCAUUGGAGAUGCUAGUUGUAUAAAGAAUUUCAUCAUGAAUCACUCCAUGAGGCUAUCUAUGUUCAAUGAGCAUAGCAAGGUGAAGUUCCUUGCCAUUGCUGAGACAAGAUUUGCCUCUGCUGUUGUGAUGUUGAAGAGGCUGAAUCCUGCACGUGCUGAGGAUCUAGUUUUCACACACCAGAACUUGCGUCUUCUUUCAAGGAAAGCUGAGGAAUACAAUCGUGGUCCAUCUGCAAUGUGGGACAUUGGAGCUGAUACUUUUGAAUCUGAUUUUGAGGGCGGUGCUGAUUUCCUUGAGCAUGCUGAUCUGUCACUUGAUGAGCCAAAACUUGAGAGAGUUCUUGAAGAUCUUGGGGCAAUGGGUCUGACUGAAGAUGCUUGA